GAGCCACAGAUUUCGCAGUGAGAAGUUAGGAGUUCUUCCACUCACUUUUGAAAUUAAAAGUGGAACAAUGGAGGGCGAUAUUUGGGAUGUGUUCAAGAGCACGGCUGACAUCAAGAUCUGCCAUAUUUUUCAGCCGCCACUCCACCGUCUGAUCUCCUCCUCUCCUCCAUCAUCAAAGCCGAGGCGUGAUGCGGCCCACCGCUCCGCGACGGCUGAUACUCACUCCAUCAGGCCUCUUUGAUCACCAGAUGAUCGUCCGUAACGUUCAUGACCUGUCACCGCCGCCGCUGCCGCCUUCAUACCCACCGCAGUUCAAAGAGUUCUCCUCCCUGCUUCUUCUCCUGUCUCCGUCCAAAUGACUGCAGGAACUGUAGAACAGAGGUCUGCAGCCUCCUCACAGUCCCUGCUUUGUGUGCCGGACUCCUCCUCAGCACUGGUGUGGGUACAGUCCAGUCGAGCCCGGAACAUUGCUCCGACUUCAGGUCUCAGCUGAUGAAAAUGCAAGUCUGUCUCUCUGCAGCUCUUCUGCUCUGCUAUGUCCUGCUCUGUUCCACAUCAGAGCGCCACAAGUCGACAGAUGGAGGGAUUCAAAGCUCCGGCAGGAAGAGGGAGCGAACUUUGGAAGUGAGGAGGAAUGACACGAGUGAACAUGACAGGACGGCGACGCCGAAGCUGAGCACCAAGACGACGAGAAGAAAGAAAGCCUUUAUGGGAGCGAGACAUGACACCAGUUGCACUCGGCUUGGUGGAAUCUGCCAGUCGACACGUUUCAUCUGUCAGGGCCGAUACCUGAGUGACAAGUGUGGAGGAGGGAAGACGCGCAAGUGCUGCCUGCCAGUCGGGGCAUGGAGCGUCCUGUGCGCCGGCCACCACAACAAUCGAGUGAGGGCCUGCGAUGCUCACGGCUGCGGAGCUUUCAACUCAGGAGGUGGCGACGGUCUUCAUAAAGCCGUGGACCUGGUGUGUGACGACUAUGGAGUGGUCAACGCCCCCUUCUCAGGAGCCCUGGCUGGUCCUGUGAGCCACAAGCAUCACAGGGGGGUCCAGUACGAUGGAGUCAAGCUCAUCAGUGACGAGCACUGCGUGAAGAUCUUCAACGUCCGACCUCUGCGCUACAUGGGACCGGUGGUUCAGGGGGAACCUCUGGGUUACGUGCUGCCGCUCCAGGACCGUGUGUCCGGGAUCACCUCACACUUGGAGCUCCAGAUGUGUGACGGCUCUGACCCGUCACCUUUUAUCUGAAGGACUUUUUUUUUUUCUCUCUGCGCUAUUGAUUAUCUGGAUGAUUGUAGUACUAUUUUUAUGGCUCUUUCACAGCCACGUCUCAGUUAAAGUGUAACGAGGGCAAACGACCACCAGGUAGUGCUGUUUAAUAAGACUUUUUCCAAGGGGCUUAUUGUUGCUUUAACAUAUGCUUUGCAUAGAUUCUAGUUGAAAAACUAGAAUCUAUGCCGUAAUUUAAUGUUUAUUUAAACAUAUUAAUACGAUGAAAAUAGUCUCAAUAUAUGAACACGUGUUAUUUAAU